ACGUUUUGGCCCUCUCGGCCUUCCAUAGCCAGCGACGUUUCUCAAACAGGAAGACGCUCCACUGAAUACGGUGUUUAUCACAAGACUGGAAUGAAUAUUUUAUACAGUAACUGGAAAUUCUGUUUCUUAUCAUUUGUUGUUGCACUCGCCGCUGUUCUUUAUAAUCUGGAACAUUCAUAUACAGGCGAAGUCCCAAGAAUGGAUCUGAAUGCGAAGGGAGAGAUUUACCGUCAGAAAAACAAAACGUGUUUUAUUCUCGGCGCUUCUGGGGAAAGUGGAAAGGUGCUACUAAACGAAAUCAAGAAGAGCAACAUAUUCUCCAAGAUCACUCUCAUUGGACGAAGGGAGUUACAUUUGGACAACCAAACCGAUGAAAAUCUGGUGCAAAAAGUAGUUGAUUUUGAAAAGCUGGAUGAGUAUGCCGAAGCAUUUCAGGGCCAUGAUGUGGGAUACUGCUGUCUAGGAACAACCAAAGCCAAAGCAGGAGCUGAAGGGUUUGUGCGUGUAGAUCAUGACUACGUACUCAAGGCAGCAGAACUUGCUAAAGCAGGAAGUUGCUCUCACUUUCAUCUAGAAUCCUCCAAAGGAGCAGACAAAACCAGCAGCUUUCUCUACCUGAAAACUAAGGGACAGGUUGAAGCAGACAUUGAGGUUGUAGGUUUUGAGCGUCUCUCAAUCUAUCGACCAGCGGUGUUAUUGGUGGACAGAAAGGAGAGCAGGCCUGCUGAGUGGAUGGCCAGGAAAUUUCUCGGCCCUCUUUCCACUUUAUUUCCUACUGCACUGUCAAUCCCCAUCACAUCAUUGGCAAGAGCUAUGGUAGUCAACACACUAAAAGAGGGUGAACAGAAAGUAGAAAUUCUUGAAAACAAGGCCAUAUACGAUCUUGGGAGAACCUAAAGGUUACCACAGCGAGCAGGAUGCAGUUCAUGGCCUGACCUGAUGGUAGAGCGGAGAAUGGGAAGUGGGGACCUGACAAGAGCUGAGAUGAUAGAGCUGGAUAAAGAAGGACGCGGUCUCUUGACAUGUCUUCACCACAAAAUUUCAAAUGCUAUUACUUUGUAGAUUAUUAAUGAUAAUCUUAAACUAUAAUUUAUUUUAUUAGUAAGUUUAUUUAUUUUAUUUAGCCUUGUUGUGCAAGCUCUCUGAAGCUUGUGCAGAGGCAGCAGCUUUUGCCAGAGGGGAACUGGAAUCCCCUGGUUGGGCCUGGGUUCUCCUGAGGUUUUUUUUCUCGAUUAGAUUUUUGGGUUCCUCGCCACCGUUUGCAUACUGUUUUUGCACUAUCUGCCUGACCGGGGGGGCUGCUUUAGAAUUUAAGUUUUACUUAAUUAAUAUUGCAUAUAGGAAUUUAUUAUCUGUUAUAUUUGACCUGUGCUUCUCUCUCCUUUAUCCUAAUUGUGUGCUCUCACUGAGCGUGUGUGUGUGUGCGUACUUGUCUGUGUACGUACGUGUGUGUGUGUGUGUUGUGUGUGUGUGCAUGCGCAUCCGUGUGUGUGUGUGUCUCUGUGUCUGUGUGUGUUGGUGCGUGUUGUGUGUGUGGAGUGUUUUGUGUGUGGGUGUGUCUGUCUUCUGUGUUUCAACCUUUUCUUGUUUUUGCAGGUACAACUUUGAUUGUUUUGCUUGUAGUCAAUGUGUCUCAUGUGCAGCUGCUUUGUAACAAUGAAAAUUGUAAAAGCGCUAUAUAAAUAAAGUUGAGUUGAGAAGAAUCGUCAGUGGAACCAGGAGGAGCUUCCACGCCCCCUGAACUUCUCAUUUGACUGCCCUAUACCAAAACCUUGCUAAAGUAAGAUAAGUACAUCAACUAACGACUUAAUCAUUAGAAAUAAAAAAAUAAAAGUUGGUUAUAUCUUCAAUCUCCUCUCAAACCUCCGACAGUCUGCUCAGAGAAGCUAUCAAUCACAACUGUCAAUCAUAAUGACACGCCCAGUUUUUAUAGCAUCAAGUUACUAGCUAAAAUCAAACUUAUCACAAAAACGAACAAUUGAACAUAUAUCAGCGUGAUAACAACUAUAUGAUCAAAACCAUCUUUCAGAAGAUUUUCCUGGAAGUGUAAUUUACUUUUUAUUUUGACUCAAGUCCCAUUUGUUUACAUGGAGAGGUUAAUCGGCUGACGUCAGUACUUUUACAGGCCGUUUAAAGAUUCGUCUGCUCUUUCAGCUCAUUCUUCGUUCCACUGGCUGCUGUUACCGUGUCCCCCCAAAAUAAGAUCACACAUUAUCCGAUGCAAGGACUUUAACUUGGCAACUCUGAUGCUCCUUUCCACUGUGGUGACGUGGGAGUUUUCCUAAAAUCUCCCCAUCCCAGACUGCAACAUAAUCUCUCAUUUUCUGAAUUUGUUAUUGCCUUUAGUUUUUACGAAGACAUAAUUGGGGCCAAUCCCAUUUCUACCCUUCCGUUUUGCAAGUUCACGUGAAGAAGUAGGGGUAUCUCGAUUCUGUUUUGUUGGAGGGGUAAGGGGAAGGGCCAGAUAGCCUUCAAACGAAUAUUUUUCAGGGCCUCACUUCAAACAAAGUGGUAUGAAAUAUGUGGUAUGUGAUAUUCCAGAAACUUUUAUAGAUGCGACAAUGCAACAGCAAAUUUCUUGUGUACAUACUGUACGCAUUUGAGUGUUGCGUUUGGUCUAUUUAGUUCAACAUUGUGGAUAGAAUCACACCUAAUGUUGUUCCACAUAGCAACGUACUAAUAACAGCAGUGUCAGAUUGAAUAAUGAAACGAGCUGCAUUUAGUCGACCAUGAUGAAUUCUCAUGGUAACCGAAGUAAACAUGAAAGCUUCUUCGGCCAGAUGGCUUUGUGUUUGUUUUUUUAUUUAGCCUUCUUUAUUUAGAAUGAGCUUCUCUGGUGUAUUUUGUUCACAUUUCUUCUAUAGUCUAGACACUUCAGAUUAGGAGGGAGGUUGUGAAAUGUCCUACAAGAACAGAGACACCAGUAACGUAAAAUAUAAAUCUUCACAUUCACACGUGUGCCAUAAUAGUACAGUACACUGUAAAGAAUUUCUGUAGAAAUUUCAGUUUUACUGGCAGCAGUUUGACAGUAAUUUACUGUAGAUUUACAUUUAUGUAAUUUAAAUAUAAAUGAUCAUUAAACAUUAACAAGUCUUUAUCCUUACAGGAAAAGUAUUAUAAAAUAACAGCCUCAUGCAAAGCAUUCUGGGAACCAAAAUUAGAAAAAAAAGCAGAAAAAGGUUUAUGUGGAUUUGUGAUAUUUUAUGAACCAGAACAUUUUUAUCUACAUUUAGCAUUAGCAUUAUUGAUCAGCAUGUAAACAUUUGUGACCUGUGAAAACCCAGGCUAAAGUCUCAUCAUCUAAUAAAUUAUUAUAUUAUAAUUAUUCUAACAAGCAUCAAAGAUUAAUUUCAAGCAUUAAUUUCACUUAGAUUUCAAUCUUUAAAAUGGCAUUAUUCAGUCAAUAUUGAAGAUAUUGUUGCUAUAUUUUCACGUUUUUUUGUAGAAAACAGUCAGGUUUUCACAAGCAGGGUCACAUUUUAUAAUGAACAACGUACUAAUUGGGAAAUUAUUUAAAGAUAGAAGUACUGUUAUGAAUGGCAUGGAAAGGCUAAUUUAAUAAGUAACUUUGUUUUCUGUUUAUGAUGAGAGCAUAUUAAUUGUUACAUUACAUUUGUUGUUUGUAUGUUGUCAUUAAUUUUUAUCUACAAAUAUUAAUUAUCAGAUUUCUAUUAAGAGGGCAUCCCUCUAGCCACAGAGCCUACACUACAUACAUUCUGUGGAUAUCAAAAUAUCAAAAUAAAUGGCCUGAUAAAAGGUCUUAUCUUGUGUGUGUGCGUGCGUGCGUGCGUGCGUGCGUUAUGGCUGUGCAAUUAAUCGAAAAUUAAUUGUAAUUGUCAAUUUUGGCUUCAACAAUUACAAAAACAAAAUAAUCGAGGUAAAAUGAUUAUUGUGCCACAUUCCAUUUUGCAAGGAUCCUCUCUUUUCUUGUGGUAUAAAUCCACAGCGCACCCCUUUCCUUACAGUGGUUCAGCUGUGCUAUUUCUUUACAUUAAUUUUUCAGUUGAAUUCACAGUUUAAAAGCAAAGUUAUUUAUUUUCUAUGUUGUUUUAAAAGUUAAUGAGUAAUCGUGUUAAAUAAUCGGGAUCUCAUUAUUGGCCAAAAUAAUCGUGAUUAUGUUUUUUGUCAUAAUCGAGCAGCCCUAGCGUGCGUGUGUGUGUGUAUUAUGGCAAACCAUUCAGGAAAAUA